CCUACACGAGCAACUCUUCAUAUGACUCCAGUGCUAGUGUUUAGAUGUUUCAAGAAGGUGGUGGAGUGCUAUAAUUUCUUAUUAUAGUACUAUAUUUAAUAAUACGGCGACGUCUUCUUCGGGUAACUUUAUGUAGUCGUGCUAUAACUUAGCUUAGCUUUACAACAUUGGCCUACAACUCUACAAACAAACAAACAAAGAGCAUCGGUCUUGCUUAAUCGUGUAUCGGGGCUUAAAUACCUACUUUAAUGAUGAAAACCAAACCUACGGGGUUUAACGUUAAUUCGUUUGGGUGUGAUGAUCACGCGGGUACGUGGCCUAGCAACGCGAGUUAAUUCAGCUGCGCCAUAAAGUCCAAGAACUGAACCUGGUCUCCCAUUUUACGCACUUUUAUCAGGAAAACCAAAUAAAGAUGGUUAAGAUCUUUGUUGGGAACCUAUCCUCAAGCACGACCGCGGAAGAUCUGCGCUCUCUUUUUUCUGAGUAUGGCAAAGUAAAAGAAUGUGACGUCCUGAAAAAUUAUGGCUUUGUGCACAUGGAAGGUAAGCAGGAGGCUGAAGAGGCAAUCCGCAAACUCCACCAUCACGAGCUGAAAGGUCAAGCCAUAAAUGUGGAAAUGAGCAAAGGGAAACCCAGGGGCUCUACAAAACUGCAUGUGAGCAACAUCAGCAGUGGCUGCACCAAUCAGGAGCUCCGGGCCAAGUUUGAAGAGUAUGGCCCUGUGGUUGAGUGUGACAUAGUGAAGGACUAUGCCUUUGUUCACAUGGAGCGAAUGGAGGAUGCCAUGGAGGCCAUCAGUGGGUUGGAUAACACGAGCUUCCAAGGCAAGCUGAUCAAAGUACAACUGUCCACGAGCCGCCUCCGUACAGCGCCCGGCAUGGGAGACCAAACUGGCUGUUACGUCUGUGGAGAACAGGGCCACUGGUCCAAAGAUUGCAGACGUGGCCAGAACGGUAGCUAUGGCGGAAGCAUGGGGGGAUUCCCUGGCGGUAGAGGUCCCCCAAGGGGCGGCCCGAGCUACGGCAUGGGUGGCCCUGGAGGUCUUCCUAAUAGAGGUUACCCAGUGGCAGGGCCACUUCCCCCUCCCCCACCCAUGAGCCGGCGCCCCAGCUACGGCGAAUACGGCGCAGACGCUCGAGAACGAUACCCCAGCAGGCCACCGAGCGCCUAUCCGGAGAGAUCGUCCACAUAUGAGCGAGAACGCUACGGAAGCAUUGACUAUUACGAGAAGUAUCGGGCUCGUCCGGCUGGCUCUAGCUUCUUCGAGGAUAGGCCUCUCUCUAUUCCCCCUCCUCCUCCCCCUCCCUCUUCUUCCUCUCUCUCAAGGAUGCGGUUGGCUCCUCCCAGUCUCGAUCCCUAUGAGCGACGCCCUCUGGCGCCUCCGCCUCCCACAGCAUCAGCGUACUUCUCGCGGGACCGUAGCCCAAUCAGACGUGUGGGUGCCGGUUCAGAAGGCUACUCGUACGAGCGCUCGCGACUUUCCCCGGUCUCAAGGAGCUCAUCGACAUACUCUGUGCCGCGGGCCAGGGAGAACUACACCGAGCGGGUUCGAUACGCAUACUAAGCCACACACAUGCUUAAGGUUUUGUCAAGUGAUGAGAUUUCCCCUCCACCUAUAUGACUUUGCCUCGAUCAGACGCUCCAUCGGAUUUCAAACACGCAGACACAUUGAUCACAACGCUUAUUUGCUCUGCACAUUAAUGUUUGGAAACUGCUGUUUAAUUUCCCCUUUCCAAUGGAGACUAUGAUGUAUGAUUGCAAAAAUUAGUAGUUGUGAUUUUUGUUUUUUGCUUUGCUUUUCACUUGUGUCCAGAGGUAAGGUGGGGCGUCUCAUGUCAGCAAAUUUUUUUUUUAACUCCGCUAUUGCAAUUAAACACACUUUUUUUUUGAGAUUUUGAAGAAUUUUACCCCCCCAAGUCAUGUUGUAAUCCACUAUUAUUUACUUUUUUUUUUUAAUGCUCCAAGACUUGUCUUCAGCUGUUGGGUUGGCUUGCCACUUAAUUUCUUUAAUUCAAGUUUUGUGAGGAAAUUUUUUUUUUUUUUUUUUUUUUUGUGGCAAUUUGUAAUUAAUCCUGCAGCUGCAAAAAACUUUAUGGGAAAAUAAACUAAAAUUCAACAUUCCACUUUUCUUUUUAUUCUUAUUUGCUACUGGUUAUUUGGUAUAUGCCAAAACUGUUCACAAUGGAGUUUUAUGUCUUGCUUGUUGACUUGUGUUGUAUCAUAUAGGCAUGUUCAACAGAACGGAGAGCUUGUCAUGGAGCUUUUGUGAUUUGGGAGCUUGAAGAAAUGAUGAUACUGAACUUGUUUUGAUUGUUUACUCCCCUGUUUGAUGUGUUAGUCUUAAAAAAAAAAGAAGAUCUGAUUUAAUAUACAACUAAGUAGUUGGGCAGCUUUCAGAGGGAUGCAAACUGUUUUCUGUUCUGUACAAACAAAUGACUGUUUAUGACAGGAGAUCUUUGGAUUGUAAGAAGAUGCACCUAGAUGAAAAGGUGGAAUCUACAUGAGAGUGAAUUGGAAAUUUGCAUUAGAUUUGCUUACCAACUCUCACUCAGGGCUCUAUUCACCUUUUGAGGCCGCUGGCGUUUACUGGCGUUUCUUCUUUUUGGGUGCCUUGGGAAGCUCUGUGAAGAUGUUUAUAAAUUUAAUUUUCUGUAGUUUGUAUGUUUCCUACAGAAGUCAGGAGUGUGUUUUAUGAAUUAUCUUUUGUAAUAAACCAAUAUUUUGGUGACAAAA